AUGUCCGACCUGGCAUCAACUUUGACAGAAGAACAGCUCCAGAUCCUCAAGGACGCUGCCCUCGACUUUGCACUUUCGCACGGUCUCGUUGUCCGUCCUCCUUCCACGAAGGACACGCAGGAUCCUAUUCUUGCAGGAGGUGUCAUCAAUGCCCCCGUCUCGUUGUUCCCCACUCCCUUCCCUAUCAAUGCCUUCAACGAUGCAGUUAAAAUUCAGCCCUUGUUCAACCAACUCGUUCAUGACAUCUCAGAAGACGACGCCUUCUUAAAGGAGAUUAUGGAAAGUCUUUCGACCGUCGACGACUUUGUCAAGCGCCUUUACGAUUUGUACCUCAUUGUGAAGAAGGAAGGUAUUGCUCAGCCUGCUUCGCUUGGAGUACAUCGGUCCGAUUACAUUAUCCACUUGAACCAAGGACAAGAGUUCUCAGAAGCAAAGAUCAAACAGGUUGAACUUAACACCAUCUCUGUUUCCUUUGGAAGUCUCUCCUCUUUGACAGGAGACCUCCAUAGAUAUCUUCUGGCAAUUACAGGGUAUUUUACGAAUAAGCUGGAUGUCUCUGCACUCCCUAGCAGUGAAUCUAUCUCGUCAAUUGCCUCUGGAUUAGCUUCCGCACACCAGCUUUAUGGAUCGAAGACUGCAAAAGUCAUGAUGGUGGUCCAACCAGGAGAGCGGAAUGCUUUUGACCAGCGAUACAUCGAAUAUAAUCUGUUGAACAAGCAUGGAGUCGUGUUGAUCCGCAGAACCCUUGCUGAAAUUGCGGAACAAGGACGGCUGGAUCCACAGACGAAGGCGCUAUACGUUGAUGACCAAGAAAUCUCUGUUGCAUAUUAUCGAUCUGCGUACGCCACCACCGAUUAUCCUACUGAGAAGGAAUGGGAAGGGAGACUACUUGCAGAGAGAUCUUUAGCGAUCAAAUGCCCUACAAUUGCAUACCAACUAGUCGGGGCCAAGAAAGUGCAGCAGGUUCUGGCAGCCCCAGGUCAGUUGGAGCGUUUCGUGAAGGAUCCAGAAGCGGCCGUACAGUUGCGCGAAUCGUUUGCUGGACUGUACCCUCUGGAUAACUCGCCUGAGGGACGGGCUGCUUAUGAAGCAGCUCUAGUCAACAGUGAUGAGUUGGUUAUGAAGCCCCAGCGUGAAGGGGGAGGGAACAAUAUUUACGGGAAGGAUAUCCAGGAAGCAUUGAAAAAGCUGACAGCAGAACAGAGAAACGCAUAUAUUCUGAUGGAUAUCAUCCGUCCUCCUAUCACGAAGAACGUUCUCCUGCGUAAAGGAGAAAUCCAGCAUGCGGACGUUGUUUCGGAAUUGGGCAUUUAUGGGAUAUAUCUACACGACGGUCAGAGCGUGGUUCGGAACGACAAUGGCGGCCAUUUACUUCGCACCAAGGGCGUCGAAAGUAAUGAAGGCGGAGUGGCCGCAGGGUUUGCGGUCAUUGAUUCCCCCAUGCUCGUUUAGAACUUGCCGCUUUAUAUCCAAAUACAUAAAUUAAAUGUCUAUCCAGUACUUGUAUGUGUUUGCUUCUGAAAGAGAGAUGCGGUCAAGGUGACACGUAUCUACUGCAGCGAAUAAGAGAAGAAUCGCAAGAUUAGAUUUCGCAUCAAGCUAUCUACGGAGAGUUAUCGUAUGGCCAUCGCACGAAUCAAACUCAAGUAAGGACGAUAGGCUGUCGCUGCUGGAAAUGUGCUGUAUCUGACGU